AUGUCUAGCGGCGAUAUCUCGCAACUCACUGCAAUGGGCUUCGACGAGCCGAGCUCACGACAGGCUCUUGCUAGUGCCAAUGGAAAUGUGGAAACUGCAGUCAACAUUUUGUUGGGUGUGAUUCCAGCUCCAGCAGCUCCGUCUUCAAGCAGUGCCGCUUCGCCCUCGGCAGCGGAUGUUGGAGAUAUGAUUGUAUGUCCUACGAGCCAAUACAGUGUGGACAAUGGGCGUUCAGCUUGCACUUGCAUCGCCUUGACGGCGGCGACAGACUUUCUUAAACUCUCUGGUGGUGGUAGUGUGGCUCUGAAUGCUGAAUUUUUGCAAAACAUGAUCAUGAAUGGGGUUCAGAAUUACCAAACGCUUUCUUCUGCAUCUCCUGUGGAGCAUUUGUCAGCCGAAGAAGUUUUGCAGAAGGACCAAGGGAAAUGCUUUCCACUGUCAGUGCGUGGAGGUAUUCGACAAGGAAUCUUGAGUAGUGACUCCUUUCAUCCAAUGGGCAUGCAAGCGUUGCUGGAAGGGAUUCAACAAGAGCAACAGGGUCAAUCUAAUGCAUAUAUUGCCGUUUUGAUCACCAAAACUCCUGAAACAGUCUUGGUGUGCCUACCAGUGUCCGGUAGCAAUAGCGCACACUGGUUGAUUGAUUCGCAUCCACGGGCGGCUCAUCUUGGAGCCGAUGGGUCAUACGCCAAGCCACAUCCCAAUCUUGCUUCGUUACUUUUAAGCCUCCAAGCAAUAUUUCCACCAACCGAGUUGGGCCCAGACAUUCCUGAAAUGAUGGCAAUGAUGUACAAUAGUUUUGACAUGUAUCCUCUUCAAAUGAACUAG